AUGGCUGAAAGCGGAUCGAGCAGUCCAGGGUUCCGACUGGAUAUAAAGCAGAUCUUGUUCGAAGCCCAGCAUCGCUGGCUAAGACCUGCUGAAAUAGCAGAAAUUCUAAGAAACUAUCAAAAGUUUCAUAUUUCUCCAGAGGCUCCAAAUAAGCCAGUCAGUGGUUCUGUUUUUCUUUUUGAUCGGAAGGUACUAAGAUACUUCCGGAAAGAUGGACAUAAUUGGAGAAAGAAAAAGGACGGGAAAACUGUCAAAGAAGCUCAUGAGAAACUGAAGGUCGGAAGUGUUGAUAUGUUGCACUGUUACUAUGCCCAUGGCGAGGAUAAUGAAAACUUUCAAAGGCGCAGCUACUGGUUGCUUGAAGAGGAUCUCAUGCACAUAGUGUUUGUACACUAUUUGGAAGUCAAGGGUAAUAAGAUGAACAUCAGCUCUCUUAGAAACAAUGAUACGGUUGCAUCCAACUCCGAAAAUAACAGCUUACUGUUUUCCAGUUUCCGUGGAACUAGCCCCAGCAGUACAGUGUCGUCUGCAUAUGAAGAUGCUGAAUCAGAAUACCCUGUGGAGGAUAUUCACCGGGCAAGUUCUAGAUUUCAUUCAUAUGCAGAGUCACCAUUGACAGAUGGAAGUACUUAUGUUCAAUCGAGCUUGUAUAACCAACUCCCCAGUCCAGACUGUUCGUUGCACAAUCCACCCGCAAACCAAAAUUCAAUACUGAGUUUGCCUUGUGAUCAUGGACGCAACUUACUUGAGGAGAAAUCUCUUGCACUGGAUCAACAGAAUUUCGUGGAGCCAUUUUACACCCUUACCCAUGAGCAGUCUGUGCAAAAGAAUCUUCAAAUGUCUCCUUUAGAUUCAGAGACUGAAAGCACUAUGAAUCCAAAUAUGGAGAAUGUUAUGACCACGAUAGGAAAUGAAAACUACUCAAUUUUAAUGAAAAAGCCAUUAAUAAAUGGCUUGCAGAAAGAUGAAAGCCUGAAGAAAGCUGACAGCUUCUCCCGUUGGAUGGCUAAUGAACUUGGAGGAUCGGGUGAGCUGAACUUGCAGUCAAACAAUGGAAUUUCAUGGAGUAUCGUGGGGAGUGAGUAUGAUUCUAGCAUGCCUAGUACAUUGCAAGCUGAUACAGACACACUGAAUCCGUCAAUUUCUCAGGACCAACUAUUUAGCAUUGUUGAAUUUUUGCCAAACUAUGCCUAUGCAGAUUUGGAAACCAAGGUAGUUAUCACUGGAACCUUUCUCAAGAGUAAACAAGAGUUGUCAAAAUGCAGAUGGUCAAUUAUGUUUGGUCAAGUGGAGGUUGCAGCUGAAAUUUUAGCAGACGGAGUUAUUAGUUGCUCGGCGCCACCUCACAAACCUGGACUUGUUCCUUUCUAUGUAACUUGUUCGAACAGGUUGGCUUGUAGUGAAAUACGGGAAUUUGAAUAUAGGUCUGUAACAAACCAUAUGGGUUCUGCUUAUGGCCAUGCGGAUACUGCAACUGUCAUGCAUCUUUAUCAACGAUUUGAGACGAUGUUGUCCCUUGGACCUACCGUUAGUUGUGUAGGUUUAGUUGAAAAUGACUAUGAGAGACAGAAUAUAGUCAAUAAAAUUGUUUCCUUGAUGGAGGAUGAGAACAACCAGGUUGAAAAGCUGAUUUUAGAUAAAGACACGUCAGAGCUGAAGGGGAUAGCGCAAGGGCUCCUUGAAAAGCAGCUAAAGGAGAAGUUUUACUUUUGGCUUGUGCACAGAGUAACUGAAAAUGGCAACGGUCUAACCAUUCUUGAUGAAUGGGGUCAAGGUGUUUUGCACUUGGCUGCUGCUCUUGGCUUCAAUUGGGCCCUUCAGCCAAUUAUUGUUUCAGGUAUCAGUAUAGAUUUCCGUGAUGGGAAUGGAUGGACAGCACUUCAUUGGGCUGCUUUCUAUGGCAGAGAGGAGACGGUCGCCGUCCUUGUUUCCCUGGGCGCGGCUCCUGGGGCCCUCACCGACCCGUCUGCCGAAUGCCCCCUGGCCCGAACCCCUGCUGACUUGGCCUCUUUCAGUGGCCACAAAGGGAUUUCCGGUUUUCUCGCGGAGUCUUUCCUGACCACCCAACUCUCAAACCUCGGAGUCGAGGAUCAGCAGGAGAUUUCAAGUGCCAAAGCCGUACAGACAGUCUCUGAACGUUUAGCAUUCCCGACAAGCGAGGGUGAUGUGCAGGACACACUCUCCCUCAAGGACUCGCUUGCUGCGGUCUGUAACGCCACUCAGGCGGCAGCACGCAUCCAUCAGAUCUUCCGGAUUCAGUCGUUUCAGAGGAGGCAAUUUGUCGAGCAAGGUGUUGAUGAGCGUGCUAUUUCUCUUGCUGCCGCCAGGGCCUCCGGCUUGGGCCAGCCUAGUGGUGGUACGGCCAAUGCUGCUGCAUUGCGUAUCCAGAAAAAGUUCCGUGGUUGGAAGAAGAGGAAAGAGUUUCUGUUAAUUCGGCAAAAAGUUGUUAAGAUCCAGGCUCACUUCAGGGGGCAUCAGGUCAGGAAGAAAUAUAAGACUAUUAUCUGGUCAGUGGGGAUACUGGAGAAGGUGAUUCUGAGGUGGAGGCGUAAAGGGAGUGGCUUACGUGGAUUCCGAUUUGAUGCUGUCCCAAAAGUGCCGAACACUCAGGACACCUAUUCACAGGAAGACGAUUAUGACUUUCUUAAAGAAGGGAGAAAGCAAACUGAAAAGAGGAUGCAAAAUGCACUUGCUAGGGUGAAGUCCAUGACUCAAUACCCUGAAGCUCGAGCUCAGUACCGUAGGUUGUUGACUGCUGCUAAAGACUUCAGAGAAACUAAGGAGACUGCAGAUACGAUUCCAGAAAGCAUUGAGAAUACGAUUUACCCCGAGGAGGAUUUAUUUGAUAUUGAAAGCCUCUUGGAUGACGAUACUUUCAUGUCUUUGGCUUUUGAAUGA